AUGCAGCUGCUGCGGCUUCGAGUGCUGAAAGAAGGAGGCUCACUCCAAGCAGAGGUUGACCCCCGGCGGAGGAGGCAGACCCCAAACCGAGGCCGCACGAGGAUGACUCUGGGCUACGGCGCCGCGGUGUUCUUCGGGAAAAAUGGGAUCCUGAGGACGCCUUCGUUCCGGCCGCUUCGAUCGCCUGUGAUUCCCGACGGAUAUGAAGACCCUGACGUACGAAUUAACGUGGAAAUAACUUUCCUGCAGGUCAUCGCUGUUGCCUUCGUGGCGUAUGUCGCUGUCAGUGUCAGCGGUGAUCCUGAAGCUGAUGCUGAGCCUAGCCGCUAUGGAGGCGGCUUUGGAGGACAUGGGCUCGUUUUCUACAGACCCGUGUAUAGCAGCUACGGAUACGGACGCUGGAAGAGGAGUGCUGAGGCUGAGCCUGUAGCUGAGGCUGAGGCUGAGCCCGAAGCUGAUCCUUCCCGCUUCGGAUACGGGUAUGGCGGCUAUGGACAGGUGUCCUACAGACCCGUGUACAGCAGCUACGGAUACGGACGCUGGAAGAGGAGUGCUGAGCCUGUAGCUGAGGCUGAGCCCGAGGCUGAUCCUUCCCGCUUCGGAUACGGGUAUGGCAGCUAUGGGCACGUGUCCUUCAGGCCCGUGUACAGCAGCCACGGUUACGGACGCUGGAAGAGGAGUGCUGAAGCUGAACCUGUAGCUGAGGCUGAGCCCGAGGCUGAUCCUUCCCGCUUCGGAUACGGGUAUGGCGGCUAUGGACAGGUGUCAUUCAGGCCCGUGUACAGCAGCUACGGAUACGGACGCUGGAAGAGGAGUGCUGAGGCUGAGCCCGGAUUCAGCUUCGGUCGCGGAUUCGGAGGUCACAGCAGCUUCGGAGGCUACAGGGGCUAUGGGGGCUACGGCGGGAGCUUUGGAGGACAUGGUCGUUUCUAUGGCUGAAGAAUUUUGGUUCGAGAAAGAUGAAUAAAACUAAGCAAUUUCAUUUG